CUCCAUUGAGUAAUCAUUAAUCUUCAAAACGAUGGGAAGAUCACCAUGUUUGGAGAAAAAAAUUGGGCUCAAGAAAGGUCCAUGGACUCCAGAGGAAGAUCAAAAGCUCAUUGAUUAUAUCAAGAAACAUGGUUACGGAAACUGGAGAAUUCUUCCCAAGAAUGCUGGGUUAGAGAGAUGUGGUAAAAGUUGUCGGCUCCGGUGGACUAAUUAUCUCCGACCAGAUAUAAAACGAGGAAGGUUCUCCUUUGAAGAAGAAGAAACCAUUAUUCAACUUCACAGCAUCAUGGGAAACAAGUGGUCUGCAAUUGCGGCUAGAUUGCCAGGAAGAACAGACAACGAGAUCAAAAACUAUUGGAACACUCACAUCAGGAAAAGACUUCUAAAGAUGGGAAUCGAUCCGGUAACACAUAGUCCACGUCUUGAUCUUCUUGAUAUCACCUCAAUUCUCAGCUCAUCUGUCUACAACUCUUCUUCUCAUCAUCAUCAAGAAAACAUGUUGAGGCUUAUGAUGGGUGAUGGGCAUCAUCAGCAGCCAUUAGUUAACCCGGAGAUACUCAAACUCGCAACGUCUCUCUUUUCAAAUUCUCAGCAACAAUACAAGAAUCAGAACAACCCCAAUACACACGAGGUUAACCAACCUGAAGUAAACCAAUACCAAACCGGUUACAAUAUUAUUGGUAAUCAAGAAUUGCAAUCUUGCUUCCCUAGCAUGGAUCAAUUCGCAGAGUUCCAAAACCCCAUGCCAACGACGACGUUUCAAGAUUCCGUGCAUUCGUUCCCACUGAACCAGGACUGUGAUUAUUCGACAUCUAACUUCGCAUUAGAACCUUUGUACUCCGACUUUGCUUCGGUCUUGGCCACACGCUCUUCGAGCCCGACUCCAUUAAACUCAAGUUCCACAACUUACAUCAAUAGUAGCACUUGCAGCACCGAAGAUGAGAAAGAGAGUUAUUGCAAUAAUAACUUCAUGAAUACUUCUGAAAUAGGUCCUGAUUAUUCGUUAGAUGUUAAUGGUUUUCUGCAAUUCUAAGAAACAAAAGACUAAUGGGACAGAGUUAUUUAAAAUAAUACUAUUGUAUUCAAUAUAUAGAUUUUUGUUACAUAUGUAAGAUACUAUUUCUUAUUGUUUUUUC